GAUGAUGAUCUUACAUAUAAGAUCAGCACCCGCUGGCCGAAUUUGUUCAAAACUCAAAAAGUGUCGUUCAUAUCAGACGUGCGUACGGAUAAAGCAAAAUAUUGUGAUAUUUUCUAUUGUGUGUUACUAGGAUUAAAAUACAAAGAAGCGAAAAUGUUGGACAACGAAGUAAACAAGAAUGAGCAGGUACAGGUUGCGAGAAGAGUGAUGUUGGGCAACGUUUCCGAGGGAAUAUCCUCGCUGUCCGCUAUGCCCUUGGAGAGCAGUUCAGUCAUGUCCGAAAUGCCAAGGUGUCCUAAAGGAGGGGUAAUUGUCAAGGUGUGCUAUGCUGGUAUUUGUUAUUCUGAGGGUUACGUCAGAAAAAGUCAAUUCAGACCGGCUCUUCCAGGUAUUGAAAUAGCUGGUGUUGUAAAUGACGUUUGCAAUACAUUACCCAAUUCCAACAUAAUUCCUGGUGACAAAGUUAUCAUAUUCCCAGACGAAGACAUGAGAAAUGACGGAUUCCGGGAAUUCAUUGCAGUUGAGGAUACAGAGAACAUUGUGCAGAUUCCAAGCAGUAUUCCGCUAGAGGUCGCUUCCAUGCUUCCCGGCAGUGCACUCUCUGCCUACAAUGCUGUUUUAAAGGCACAGCCACAUGUUGAAAAACUACAAAAAGUCAAAUCCUGUGUAAACGUCCUUGUGGUCGGAGCUGGAAGUUUAGGUCUGUGGACAUUGAGAUUAGCCAAUUACCUCAUCGGACAAGAAAACAGCAACAUCAGACUGUUUGUGGCAGACAAUAGUAUUGAUAAAUUGAUCACUGCACAGGAGCAUGAUUGUCACGACAUCAUUCACUGGUGCGAGGAAGACCACGAGCAAUACAUCAUUGAACGAACCCUGGACGCAUGCAGAGGAGGCGUGGAUGUUGUCGUGGAUUUUGUCAGCUCUCCAAGAACAAUGAUGAGGUCACUGAAAUGUCUAAACAGAGAGGGGUUGAUCUUGGUUGGAGGCAACGCUAUGGCAGAGGUGUCAAUUAACUUGAACACAUUGGCCGCCAAACAACAGAGUAUUGUUGGAAUCCCAAGAGGCACAGUAGAACAGCUUCGAUUUCUUGUCGAGACAGUUGCAGACAAAAAGAUUGAACCACCAAGUUUCUCGGUCCAUAAUGUUGAGGAAACUGGUCAGGUGCUAGAGGAAUUGUACGAGUGCAGGCUGACAGGCAGAGCUGUUCUGAGAUUCAACUACGACAAUACAACAUCUGGAACAGCUGACAUCACGGACAACUAGUCCAAGCGCAUAAAUACAUUAACAGUUAGUGAAAUUAGUUUUCGCGACGACUUUUUUGUCAACGCAAACAUAAAUCCCACUGGCAUUUACUCGCACUGAUCUCAGGAUUGUAUGGGCGGUGUACGGGGUUUAUUGCGGUCAGUAUUCCAAAGAUUUAGAUCUGACGAGCUGCUGUGCUAAGCGACAAUUACUGCAGAAUUUGUUGCUAAGCUACGGUUGAUACAGACGCAAGGCUUUGGUUUCCAUAGUCAGGCACAUGGUGCUAAUACUGGACAGAGAUUUGGACUCUGUAGAGAAUACAAGAGAUUAAAAGAUAUGUCUUUGAUAUAUUUAACCAACGACUUUUAGAUAUGACGAGACCAGUUUCGUUCACCAGAUAUAUACAGUUUAUUCCAUCAUAUAGAAACAUUAGAACAGACAAAUCAACAUCUGAUUCUCAUCUACCUAACAUUUAUAAAUUUAGUAUCGUAAGAACAAAAACAAAUUUUAUAUGGUUUAGGCUUCUGAAGGUGUUAUGUCGAGACUCUUGAAAAAAAAAAGAUAAAAUGUGAUUGCAGUUAUGGCUUGGCCAUUGUGGAAUUUGUGUAUAGAAUGUGCUUAAAAACUAUUUGGUGCAAAAAAUGAAUAAAAUCUCAUUCUUAAAUAGUUACAUGUAAGUGUAGAAGUCGUGUCUGUUCAUUUACAAAUUUAUUUUGUAUAAAUUCCAUUUUUACUGUGAUUCAUAUUAUGAUGUUUGUUUUAUUGCAUGAUUUUAACAUAAAAUGUUGUUGAAUGUUUGUGCGGCAAAGUGCUAAGUUUGAAAGUAUGUUUUUAUUGACUAGUUUAAUGUUAACUAUUGAAAAGUGUUCAGAUUCUUUGUAAUUUAUAUGAUAAAAGUUAAAAAAUAUGUUCAAGAAAAAUUAUUAAAAUGUUCUGAAAAGAUCAA